AUGACUGAAACUUCUGAAGUCACAACGGCGGUUGAAUUCCUGGCAAAAACAGCAGGCAUCAUCGAAACAAUCAGAACAAAUCUCCUCCACAACCGACUCGACAGGAAAGAAUUUCAAAAACUCCUCAGCGAAUAUUCCAUUCGUGCCGAAUCCGAUGGCAAGUUGAUGAAUGCCGCAAGACAAGAGCCUCACUGCGCUAACCGUGGUUUAUUUCUCGCCUAUAAUCACAUGGAAUUUCUAUCCUGGCUGGAUAAACACAACUACACCAUCCCCUCAACGUCCGUGAAAUGGUAUAGCUGGAAGCAGCUCCAGAGCAAGAACCGAAUCUCGGCUUUUUGGAGCUCUUCGCCGACGGUCGAGUUGAGGGCGUUGACAAAAAACAUUGAGCGCACUGCUACUUUGGUUUAUGCGGAUCUUAAGGCUCAUAAUAUCUCUAUUCCGGAAACCUCUAUCAAAUAUCUUGAUGUACCGGUCGGUGAGCAUGUUGCGACGCCGCCAACUGAAGCUUACGAGGACCUUAUUGCUCGGGGUCUUGCUGCCCAGCAACAUCUUGCAGGAAACAGAAAAUAG